GCCCCUUCUGUCCUCUCACUCUGAUGGAUGGUUUAUAAAGAGCAUCAGACUGCAUGAGCCGCUUCACUUUUCUCACAGACACCGACUUCUCUGCACAGGAAUGAAAUCAGAAUAUCCUGAAUAAUGGGGGCCCAGGUUACAGUCGUCAACGAGACUCCUUAUACCUGGCACUUUGCCACCCAGGACAGAGGGUUUACACGUGUUGGUGCUGGCUGCAGAACUUCCUAUGAGGAGAAAAGGUUAAUCCACCGCUACAUCUACGUCAGAUAUGAUCAUCACACGUGGAACAGUUUUAAGUACGAGUUUAACACCCAUAAAGGUGACGCUUCCUUCAUCUUAAGGGAAACCUAUGACCGUUCCCAGAUUCAGAUGCACUGCACCUCUGAGGGCGGCACUCAUUACUGUCCCAACUAUGGAAAAAUAGAAGAAGAUGAAAAACGAAGACAGCAAGAGGAGGAGAGAAGACGUCUGGAACGGUUGGAACGUGAGCAAAGGAUUCAACAGGAGCUGGACAGAGAGAGUGAAUCAUCCAGACUCAAGCUUUCUCGAGCAACUGAGCGGCUUCGUGAAAAACAGAGCUUCAGAGGUCACGAGCAACAUAAUGAACGCACACAAGUUCUCCAUCAGCAAAUAGAAGAUGACGCUGCUGCAAUUGAGAGGGACGAGGUUACCGAUGUUGAAGAAAAAUUCAAAGACAUUUUGUUAAAGUACCAGAUCACAGAAGAUGAAGAGAUAAAGCAUGACCAGAUUUGGGACAGGAUUAAGACACUCCAGAAUGAACUUGCAGUUCAAUAUUGUAGAGAAAACAACCUUUCAGUAUGGUCUCAGUUUACAUUUGAUCAUGCUAUAGGAUAUAAUGAGCUGUCUCUCACAGAGAAGCUCACAGUUCUUGAGGCAUCUCUACAGUUCAUUCUGCACAGUAGCACUGAAGACGCUAAAGAUGAUGAAUAUCAGCCACUUGGCUGGGAGAAGAAGUAUGACUUUCUCUUGGGUUUGGUGGAGCAGCUUCAUGCCACAAAUGCAACUUUGGCAGAACACAUUUUAUUAAAUGUACUUGACAUAAUCUCAGAGCUUUCACCACAAAGUAGGGGCAUUUUGGGUCAAAUGUUGUUCAACAGAAUCUGGACCCCAACAGAAAUAAUGCUUUUCAUUUGCAAAAGUCCAGGUAUCAAAUGUGAUCAACUCGAUUCAGUUCUCCACACAGCACAAACCUACCACCUGGACUGCAUCCACGUUCUCUCUGCUCUUACGAAUGAAAACCCUCUAAUGUUUCUUGAAGAACAAAUAAAAAACGACAAGGAAAAAGAUGCUGAUACAAUUGUGAAGGAACUUCGUGAAGCAAACUGUCCAGAGAAAGUCUUGUUGCUGUUGAAGGAUGUGCUUAGAUACGUAGAGUCGGAAUUCCCAAAAUAUAAAUUGGUGGACCUUACUGAAGAACAAGUUGCUGAUUUGAUAAAGAAGAUAAUAUCUCUUAAUCUUACAAACCCAGAUAUCAAAAUUCUGAAAGACGUAUUAAUUGGAAUGUCAAUAGCAGUGCAAGACUGCUCAACAAUCACCACAAAAGACAACAUGAAGAUUCAAGGCUAUUUUCCAAGAUGUACACAACUAGCAUCAUUGCUUUUGCUCCUACUGGCACAGCUGACAGAAGAUAAAGGAUGUCUUCUAGAGAUUGGCACAGGUGAGGGAAAGUCCUGUAUCUUAGCCAUGUUUGCAACAAUUCUGGCAAUCCGUGGAACAAAAGUGGACAUUGUGACAAGCUCUCCAGUUCUAGCCAGACGAGAUCAAGAAGAGUGGAAAAAGUUUUUUGAAAUGUUUGGUGUCACCUCGUCUGUAGUACCUCCAUGUUACUCAAGUGACUAUUCACCAGAGGAACAAGAGGAACAUCUUAAAGAUGCUUACAGGCAACAAAUAGUAUAUGGCACAGUGGGAGUCUUUGCAGCUGACACACUUAAACAGGAAUUUGAGAAGAGGACUACUCGCGGUACAAGACAAUUUGAGCUUGUAAUAGUGGAUGAAGUGGACUACAUGACCUUGGACAAUGGAGUUCAAGUAACAUUCUUGUCCCAUGAAUCUACUGGAUUUAGGCACGUGGAGCAAGUGCUUUCCAACAUAUGGACCAUAAUAUCUCCUUGUAAACCAAUUGAAAUGCUUGAAACGGGGGAGAUAAAAUGGGCGACCCGGAUACAGUAUGUUCACAAAGCCGUAACAGCAGCCGUUAUGGGACUGGAAACAGACAGCUUUUCAGCAAAAGAGAUCUUGCUACCCGGUGUAAAUUUGGGAUUCUACACCCAGGAGGAUAUUGAAAUGAUAUAUCAAGAUAAUAUGAAAGAGGACGGAAUGUCUAAAGCAUUACCUGAAGUCAUGAAGAAACUUGGAGUUUCACAACAGUAUGAUCUACUGAGUAUAUUUGAGGAGGUCUUGGGGAACAGUGCAGUGUUUAAGUGCUAUUCGUUAGAGAACAAGAAAGCAAAAUGUUUUGAAGCUCGGGAAAAACGAGGUGACCUUAAUGUUGAAAUGCUUCUGCUGGAAGGAGGACUGGCAUGUGAAAUCAUGUCUGAGAAAUCCCUCAUUGAUGCAACUGUAAGCACAAUAAAGUCAUAUAUCAUGUACUCAGAUAACCCUCAAACAGCCAACAAACUCAACAACUUCAUUGUCAUCCCUGUUUUCUUGAAAAGCUAUGUUGAGAAUCAGUUACCAGUUUUUGUUGAGAAUGCACUAAAGGCUGUUGAGAUGUCACGUGGCCGGGAAUACAUGAUCGACACCUCACCGGCCGGUGAAAGAGUUGCUGACAGUCAUGACAGAGACGAGUAUAAUGCAAUAAUUCCAGUGGACUUCAAAGCAAGCGGUGUGCUGGAGAAAAACAAGAAGUGGGGUAAUGGUCUGCAACAAUUUUUGGAGUUGAAGCACCAACUUGCAAUUUCACCAAUAUCCAAUGUGACAAAUUACAUGUCAAAUUUCCAUUAUUUUCAAAGGUAUCUCAGUGGGAGUGGUAUAUUUGGGGUUUCUGGUACUUUAGGAGGUAAGGCAGAUCAGGACUUUCUGGCGAGACAUUAUAAAGCACAGAGCUACACUGUACCUGCACAUCGCCAUAAAAGGGUGGUGGAGCUUCCAGUCAUCCAGGUGAAAGGUGGGAAUCACCAAUGGAUUCAGACUAUUUGUGAAACUUCAUGGAAAGUAGCAGACAGAGGGCAAGUUGUCUUGGUAAUUUGUGAAGAUGUUAGAACAGCAGAUGAUCUACAUGAGAAAAUACAAGAUGGUGACAGAUUUAAGGCAGAACAGAUUACUCUGUACACAAUCAGCGAGAAGCACAACAUUGAAAAAGAGAAAUUCUGUGCAGGCAGAAUCAUCAUUGCUACAAAUCUCGGAGGACGGGGUACAGACAUCAAGGUUGAUGAAAGUGUGAAUAAGUGUGGUGGUCUUUUCGUACUUCUUACUCACUUUCCACCCAACCGAAGAGUGGAGAAACAAAUAUUUGGUCGUACAUCUCGAAAAGGCAAUCCUGGGAUGGUCCAGAUGGUUGUGAACUGUGAUAAUCUCGCACCAGCUUACCAAGGUCAGUCUGUGGAAAUCAUGCGCCAGCUAAGAGAGGAUUAUGAAAUUAAACGAAUCCACGACAUGGAAAGUGAUGAGCUGGUUGAAAUAAACCUAAAGGAAAAUCUGUUUUCCACAUUUUGUACAUUGCUAAAGGACUUUGAUGUUCAUUACACACAGCAAGAAAAACUGGACCCCAUGCGAAUGCAGCUCCAAAAUAUUCCUGACUGCUUUAAACAUCAUCAGCCUAAGUUUGAUUAUCAGCCAGCCAUCAACGCUUUGAAAGAAUCUUGGGCCUUGUGGUUGACCCUUCACGAAGAUCACAUUAAUAGGCAUGAUGACUUCAGACAACUUGAAGCAGACCUUAUCAGGACAAUAAAGGAAACAAGUGGAAAGCUGCUGCGAGGAGAAUGUGAUAAUUUCUAUGAUCACAUCAAACAGGCAAUUGUAAGAACUGAUCUACACUGCCGCGACAAAUCCAACAAUGCAUUUGGAGCUGAAUCCUAUUGGCAAAAAGUUGGUAACUCUGACCCACAUUACAAGGCUGUGGCACUCUAUAACCAGGCGUACAUCACCAUCAACCUCGGUAAGGGUAACUAUAAAGCAGACGCUAUGAAACUGCUGGAAGACGCAAAGAAAUCCAUUGAUGUUUAUGUCUCAGAAGUUUCAAACACAAUGGUCUCAUGUAACUUAUCAGUCACUGGUAACAAAUAUCAGAGUUCAGACAAUAACAACUUUCAGAGUCAAAUGGAGGCCAGAAUGAACAUCUUUAAGUCUUGGAAGACGUACAUUGAUAAUGCAUUGGAUAAACUUAAAGAGCUGGAGAAAAACAACAGUGACGCCAUUACAGAAGACCGUUCAGUCUACACUCUGUCUGAAGAAAAAAACGUCAUCAUCACUACUGAGCUGAGAUCGCUAUACGACUAUGGCCUCGGUGUUGUUUUUGAGGUGAAAAAGAAGCCCAAGUUCUGCAUUGAUGCUUUGAUUUGUUUCAUCCUCGGGGUGUUGCAGGUUCUCGCUGGGAUUCUUCUUUGUGCUCUGACAUUUGGAACAGCCAGUAAGUUUGGAAUGGGCCUGAUUUCAGAAGGGGUGUCUGACAUGGUCAAUGGAAUAAAGGGGAUGAUAAAGGGCACAUUUGAUUGGGUGUCAUGGGCAAUAUCUAAGAGUAUGAGCAUUGGGCUUGCUUUGCUAACGGCUGGCUUUAGCGUUAUCAAGAAAGCAGUUCCUGCAGUGUUUGAAGCAACAAAAAGUCUCCUCAAUGGUACAAAGUCUUUCUCCUCUAUUGCAUCUGAAUUCAUUAAUUCAGGAAAUGCAGUGUUUACUUCUUUCAAAGGAAGUGAUAAGUCUGAUUUAUCGUCCCUUGGUAAAGAAUCUUUUAAGUCUGGAAUGAAAAACAUGACAUCUUCUACAGUGCUCAGACAGAACUUCAAACUUGCGACUAAGUAUGCAGUUCAGGAGAUGGAGAAAAAUACUGUGCUCACUGCCAUGAACUACGCAAUCGAUUCAGCACUUCAGGAAGUCUUUAAGAAGAUUUUACAAAGCAGUUUUGAGAAUGCUAUUACUUUAUCAGUGAAGCAGAGCAGUGAACUGGAUCAUGCUCUUGUCGAUUUCAUCAGCUCAGGCAUUCCGAAAGCUGCAUUGAAAAAAGAGAAUUUCAAGAUUGACCAGAAUUAUGAGAAGCAAAUAAAAAAAUCAGUUGAUAUGUUCUGUGAAAAGAUAAUUCCUCACCACAUACUGGACUGUACCACAGCACGAGACGUAAUCAGCAAACUCUCUGAGGUGUGUGAAGCAGCAACAGAGCUUAUGAAUAAGGCAAAACUGUCAGGUGUGCUUGAAAUGGCAAAUCUGGCUCUGAAAGUAGAUGAGUACUCAACAACUUACUGUCAAAUAUUGGGUGCUGUACCAACAAAGGAAAUAAUACAACAAAAAUUUGUUCCUGAAUUACUGGAGAGCAUCAGUGAGCUUGAGAAAGAAAUGACAAAGUAUGACCAAGAUGGACGACACAGUUUACACGAUGUACAACGCCUUAAAGGAGAACUUCUACAGAUUAUCGCACAGAAAGUUUCAGAGCAAUUCAUCAGUUCAUGUUCUGAACACAUGACUUCUUUAAUGACCGGCACAUUUAAGAGACAGUUGAACAGUGCUGCAGGACAGGCGGUAGACAAGGUCAUGCACAGACAUAAGACUCAGCGUUUCUUUGAUGACCAGAGAGGAAAACACAACAAGAAAUCUGCGAGCCACAAGGAAGUGGAACAACUGUCAGAUGAGGACAAAACAAAACUAAUGCAGUAUACAGAAGAUAUGUGCAAAACUGAUCAGCCUGUUAAAGCUUUUGAAGUGUACGUGCUCACAAAAAGUAACCUGCUCGAUGGAAAAGGAAUUCAACUCACUGUCAUUGAUGAAAAUGGCAAACAGCUCACUGAGGAACUUUACCCAGGAACCAGCAAAUCAGCAGGCGAUAUAAAACUGAGAUUAACCAAAUCUGAAAAAGCCCCACAUACAUCACAAGCUGAUGCACAGCUGUACAGCGGGCAUUUUGACAUUGUGCAGGAUGAUGACAAGAUAAUUAGUGUUAACUCGGAUCAUCAGAAUGCUCUUUAUCAUGCCGUAGCACAAGCAACUGGCAGUAAGAUGGAGGAAGCAUUGAUGCUACGCAAGAAAGUGCAAAAUGAGAUCCAGACAAACCUUGAAUCGUACAAACCCCUGCUUAUUCUCCAGAGAGGAUACGACUUCAGUCACAAAAACCCCAGGAUAUACAACAUAACUGGAGGAAUUAUAAAGGAGACAGACGUUGCUCUGCAGAAAUACUUACAGAGUGUUAAAUUCAUCAGAAGUGACGAACGUAUCCUCAUCAAAAUGUACCAUCUUGGAUUUGUUGGUGAAUAUAACAGUGUUCAAAGUGCCCGAAGGUCCAGUAAGAACAACACUGGGACACUCAACACGAGCCAUAUUCCACCCAAGGACUCCAUCAGACUAGCUCUGACGUUCAUAGAAAACCCAAACUCAGUGAGCGAGUUUAAAAAUAAAAACCCUGAGCUUCAUAAACUGAUCAGCAGCAUAAAGACUGACAAUAAUGGACAGAACCUGAUUGCCAUGGAGGUUCUGGGACAAGAUCACAGACGAGCUUUAACUACAGGCCCAAGCAGCCGCUCACAGAUGGCCAGGAAACUUCUAGCAGACACAAUGAUUAGUGGAGACGUGGAGCUUCUGCUGAAACACUGCAUGACUCUUCAUCACCCGUUUACCUCUCAAAAGCUCAGAGAGGCUCUAGGUGACAGCGUUCAGUCUCAGAGCUGUGUUUUGUCGGAUGAAGGCAUCCGAGGCUACUAUAAAGCAGGAUACCGAAACCUGGUGUCGGAGUACAGCCGCGUGGGAAUCCUGGAUCAGACGCAGCGCGAGCGUCUCGAUGAGUGGGUGAAUCAGGAUCGACACGAAGACACCAACACUGAGGAGUACAGACAACUUCUGCAGGGAUUACAGGGAAAAUGA